GGUAUCGAUACCGGAAGUAAAUGUUAAAUCCCAGAUUACCUCUGCAAGAGGACGUCGCUCUUAUCUGAAUCAAUAUUCAGUCAUGCAAUGGGGAAAUAUGUGCCUGAAAUUAUUUUUUUAUUUGUCAUUUUUAGGAACUGUGGUUUAUUCCAAAGUGGGUCCGAAAGUAACGGAUAAGGUAUUUUUUGACAUCACUGUAGGAGGACAUGAGGUUGGCAGGAUUGUGAUCGGGCUUUUCGGAGAGGUUGUGCCUCUGACUGUGAAGAACUUUGUUACUCUCGCUUCUGGAGAGAAAGGAUAUGGUUACAAAGGAAGCAAGUUCCAUCGUGUCAUCAAGGACUUUAUGAUUCAAGGAGGGGACUUCACAUCUGGAGAUGGAACAGGAGGUAAAAGCAUCUAUGGAAAGACUUUUGCAGAUGAGAACUUUAAGCUAAAGCACCAGGGCACAGGCUGGGUCAGCAUGGCUAACGCAGGCCCAGACACCAAUGGCUCACAGUUCUUCAUCACGUUAGCACGGGCUCCCUGGCUGGAUGGCAAGCAUGUUGUCUUUGGCAAGGUCUUGGAAGGCAUGACUGUUGUUCACACCAUUGAGCUCCAGGACACAAACGACAGAAAUAUGCCCUACACGGAGUGUGUUAUAGUGAACAGUGGGAAGAUCGAGGUCAAAGCACCAUUUGUUGUAGAAGUGGAGGGUUGGUAGUAUCGCACACAGCACAGCUCUGGACUUAAUUUUCCUUCCUUCAUCCUGUAAAGUUCUCCCUUCUCUAUUCCCCGCUCUACGGAAGCCCUAAGCAGUCAUGUAUUAUUAUGUUUUAUUAUUAUGUUUUGUAUUAUUAUCUUUCUCGUGAUCACAACUUCAUUUUCUCCUGAUCUUAACAUAACAAAAUUGUUGUUUUCUCGUGAUAUUUUCUCAUGAUCACGGCUUAAUUUUUCUGUGUACUUGACAUUACAUGUUUUUAUUUUUCUGGGUGCAGCAAAAGCUUAGCGUAAUCCCGCAGCAUCAUGGAUGAACAAAUUAGUUUUUACUUUGAUCACGGACUCAAGCUGAAACAGCUACAUGUCUGACAGUGAUUGACAAGUUUCACAUUAGUGUCCGACACUUGACAAGACGAGGGGACACCCCUCUCUCUUAAUGUGGAGAUAAAGUCCAUUUCUACAGCGGGCAUUUAAUUAAAUUUAUGAUGGCGAUGUUGGAGACGCCAAUGUGCAUGCAAAACCAGUCCCAUUUUCUCAAGAUUUUCUUGUGAUAAAAUUAUAUUGUGAGAAAGCAGCUUUUGUUAUGUUGAGAUCACAAGAAAACAACUUUUUAUUAUGUGGAUAUCAUGAGAAAAUUAAGUUGUGAUCACUAGAAAACAAUAAAUAAAGAAAAAAAUAAUAAUGCAUGGCCACUUCUGGGGCUUGCUGUACUCCUCCAUCCUGAACAGUAUUACAGUGGAGAGUGAAUCUAUGUUUAACAAAUAGUUUGCAUUUUGAAAUGAGGAAAAGCAGCCAAUAAAUCAUCAGCACUUUUGGGAAAUUCUUCACGACUGUUAAACAUCCCAAGUGGCUUAUGAAUCUGGUUUCCAAGCAUGCGCAAAGCAACCAUCAGUGUACUUUGAAGUAUCUAAAAUAUAAUAAUAAUAAUAAAAUAUAAAACUUUUUUUCCCACUUA